UUCGAUCGAGACGACCAGAAAAAUGGCUUCCUGCGUGACCGUUAAGAACAAAUUGCGGUGAAAAGUUGCUUCAGCCAACCCUUAUAUAUUUAAACACAUCUGCUUCGUACUGUGACUUAUUUGAAUGUGUUUGUUCACGUUCGAACAUGCAAUUAUCAGCAGAUACCGUUGAAGCAUGUUCAAUUUAACAACAUCAGGAAACAUGACGAGUGGUUUCAACGAUGCAGAAGCAAAUAGUCUUAUUGAGAAGCUUAAGAACAGGAUCAGAGAAGAAAAUAUGAGAUAUGCACUUGGUAUGAUCAGCUGUUAUGAUCCGGCUACUCCCAAUAAUUAUACUCGUAUCACCAUAGAAGAGGGACUGAACUUCAUAAAACUAUUGCGAUAUAACUUCAAUUUUGGGACUGUCUAUGUCAAAGCUGGACUGGAUUAUGAGAUUCUUGUGAGCAACAAGAACCAACAGAAUGAGAAGACCAUUUCUCUAGCAUGUAUCAGCGUUAAUGGAAAGGUCGUUGUGGAAUCCAAAAUGGUCAUUAAUGAUAUCAAUGACAACACCCAGUGUGGAUUGGAGACUCCUACUCUGCAAGCAUUAACGAGUUUCUCCCUGGUCCAUUGCUGAUGGCGGUGAUAAAUGAUCCACUAAUCAUUGUGGAGGACAGGGAUGGUGUAGACAACAGCAUUGUCACCCUGAACUGCACCGCAAUUGAGAUCUCCCCCAGUAAUAUUGUAGAGGUAAGUUAACUGUUAUUGUGCUUUACCUACAGGCAAACCGUCCGUUCAGUUUAAGGUCAAUGUUAUGUUACUAUGGCUACAUGCAGAAGUUCAGUACAGUGCAAGGUCAAUGUUAUAUUACUAUGGCAACAUGCAGGAAGUCAGUACAGUGCAAGGUCAAUGUUAUAUUACUAUGGCUACAUACAGAAAGUCAAUACAGUACAAGGUCAAUGUAAUAUUGCUAUGGCUACAGGAAAGAAGUCUGAACGGUGCAAGGUCAAUGUUAUAUUACUAUGGCUACAUAAAGGACGUCAGUACAG